UGGACCCGUGAAUAUGGUUUUGUUUGAUUGUGGUUUUUAACGAAAUAUUAUAAAAAAGUGAAUACUGCUUUUAUUGUCGUUGCACGCGCUUCACGUAUUUAAUCAGCCAAAGAUGAGUUCUGCAAAGAAACGUGGCGGGUUACGUGUACCUAAGCCUAUAAGCAUAGUGCCUUGUUGCCGAGCGUGUCUCGCGACGGAUGGGAAGCUUGUCAACAUGCUUGAGCGCAAGCUUGUUGGAGAGUUCUUCCGUGUCACAGGGAUCGUUGUGGUUGAGAAAGACAAGCUUCCGCUGCACUUGUGCGUGUUGUGCACUGCAUUCCUGCAGCGCUGUGCUGCGUUCAGGAGCAAGUGUGUUCGGGCCAAUGAGUUAAUCCUACCACUGAAGGGCAAGUUGACUAUAGAUUCUGUUCGCGCCAUGGACCGCUUCGCUAACCAACUGGUUGACCUGACUCGGACUGAUAUAGAAGUUGACAGUAUUGAUGGAAAAUCAAGCUUACCGCUCGUUUUGAAACCUAUAGCAAUGAACAACGAAAAGAAAAACUUGCUCAUGGAAAUACAGAGCUCCAAUGAAAAUGAGAUCAAAAUUAAUGUUGUUAAAGAAGAAAUAAUGAAAACUGAACUCUACAAUGUUGAAUAUCUUGAAGAUGACUUUGAAGAUACAGCAUUUAGUGAAGCCGUCGUAGAAAAUGUUCCGGAUAAGAUUGAUGAUACAACGCUCGGUGUAGAUACAUCUAUGGGGAUCGAAGAGCAGAAAGAAGUUUGCAAUGAGAGAAGAAAAAAGCCUUACAGGUUGAGGUCUGCAGAAAACGAUUUUUUGCCGACAGUGGAUGAGGAGGAACUUAGGAGAACCUUUAAUGUGGAUGUGAAAAUAUUAACACAUGAGGAGCAGCUGGCGGAGAUAGCGGAGCGCCGAGACACCGCCGAGUACCGCCAGGCGCAGUACCCGUGCGACCCCUGCGGGAGGUACUUCACAUUGGAGAAGGCCUACAAGCGCCACAUGCUCAAACAUGACAGGCCCGGAGCGCACAAAUGCCCUGUGUGCACGAUCCCCUUCGACCGCAAAAGCAAGAUGUGGAUGCACGUUGACGCGCACCGCGUCAAGUACGUGUGCCGCGAGUGCGGGUUCGCGUCCCGGACCAGGUCCCAGGCGGGUCUGCACCGCUUGUAUCACGAGGGCAAGGUGUAUACGUGUCAGUACUGCAGUAAAGAGUUCAGAAAAUUCUCGACAUACCUCGGACACGUGCGGCUGCGGCACAAGACGAUGCACAUCGCUUGCGAGAUGUGUGGCGAGACCUUUAUCAACAAGCAGGGAUUGAACGCCCACAAGGCUUACGAGCACGGUGUGUUGCGCAAAAAGUAUCGUGAAUGCAAGAUCUGCUCAGUAACCUUCAUCAGCGAAGACGCGUUAAAGAAGCAUCAAGAAACUGGUGCAGAGGACCACUCUCUGCUCAGCCCGUGCGUGCAGUGUGGGGACAACUUCGAGACUGCGGACGCGUUGAAGGAACACGUGGACGCCGAGCAUCCGAGCUGCCAAGAGUGCAAUAAAACAUUCCUGAAUGCGGAUUCAUAUGACGUGCACAUCGCGCGCAAGCAUCUCGGCCAAGGCGACCUACUAAACGAAAGGAGAAAGGAGGCCAACCUCCGCGCGAGGGCGCUCGGCCUCGAGCCGCCCUUCCGGCAGCGGUAUCGGUACCGGUACCCAAAGAAAGACAAAACAUAUACGGCAUGCUGCGAGCAUUGCGGGAAAGUGUUCGCGAAUUUCAGUCUUCUCCGCUUACACCUGAGGAAGCACACGGGAGAGACACCUUUCGCCUGCGAGCACUGCCCGAAGCGAUUCGACUUGAAACAAAAAUUAGUGUCCCACAUGCCAGUACACACGGGAGAGAAACCCUUCAAGUGCGAGCUGUGCGACGUCCCGUUCACCGCCAAGUGCAACUUGCAGAGGCACUUGCGCAGCGUGCACUUGGGCAUUCGCAAGAACUGCGACAUUUGCGGGCGCGUGUUCACGACGGCGUUCGCGAUGCGUAUGCACGUGCGCACCAUGCACAACGGCGAACCGUGGCCCAAACGUGCCCCCAGGAACAGGAAGAAACCAACAUACACUAAACACGCUCGAGACGAAGAUGUAGACGCACACACCGCCCCGGGGAAGAAACGAGCAAACACUAUAAACACACUCGAAGAUGAAGAAGACACGCAAACGUAUAUCCUGGAAGAGAUUUCACAGGAUGAACAUAUGGAGGAGAUUAUAGAGGAAAUAGAAGAGGAAGUAGAUUAGAUAUUUAACUCUUCGCCAAUUUAUAUCACCAAAGUAUCCCACUUCUGAUGUUUUUCCCGUAAAGAGGACCAUAGACUAAUUUGUAAUUUUAAUAUAAAAACAAUAGUAA